AUGAAUCAGGCUUAUGCAAAUUCAUCAAAUGAUUUUGAAAGUCAUAUCCACAAAGAAAAUCAAUAUACCACUAAUCAUACUUCCAUAAGUGAUUACAAAACCAGCCGAGAAAGAGAAAUAGAACAAGUUUUUUCUAAACAUAAUGCAAAAGUGACGAGUAAACCAACAUCUAAACCCCAUCACGUUCAUAACAACAAUACUUAUGAGUUUUCCACUACUGAGCACCCAUCUCCAAGUACAAGAAUGUUUUUAAAUCACAAUCAUUCAACCACAACAUCACCAAGAACAACAACAGAAGAUGCAAGAAAUUUUCUUGUACCUGCCAAAAACACCAUUCUAGGUGGUCAUAGAAGUGGCAGUAGCUCUCGUAGUGACAGUUUAGAGAGCAUUAGCAUUGCACAUACUAAGCCACAUACUCCAAGUACAAGAAUGUCUUCAAAUCACAAUCCUUCAACCACAACAUCACCAGGAGCAACAACAGAAGAUGCAAGGAAUUUUCUUGUACCCACAAAAAACACAAUUCUAGGUUGCCAUAAAAGUGUUAGUAGCUCUCGUAGUGACAGUUUAAAGAGCAUAAGCAUUGCACAUAUUAAGCCGCAUACUCUAAGUACAAGAAUGUCUUCAAAUCACUAUCCUUCAACCAUGACGACACUAGGAGCAACAACAGAAGAUGUAAGAAAUUUUCUUGUACCUAAAAAAAACACCAUUCAAGGUGGUCAUAGAAGUGGCAGUAGCUCUCGUAGUGACAGUUUAGAUAGCAUUUGUUGUGCACAUAUUAAGCCUCAUACUGGAGGUGAUGUGAGGUGGGAUGCAAUUAACAUGGUUUCUAAUGGUAAUGGUCUUGAUCUCAGUCAUUUCAAGCUUUUAAAGCGUGUUGGAUAUGGUGAUAUUGGAAGUGUGUACCUUGUGGAACUUAAAGGAACCAAAGCAUUCUUUGCGAUGAAAGUAAUGGAUAAGGCAGCACUUGCUAGUAGAAAUAAGCUUUUGAGAGCACAAACAGAAAGAGAAAUACUUGGACUUCUUGAUCACCCUUUUCUGCCAACUUUAUAUUCUUAUUUUGAGACUGAUAAAUACUAUUGUCUAGUCAUGGAGUUUUGUAGCAGUGGUAGUUUGCAUUGUCUUCGAAUGAAACAACCUAGCAAGCAUUUCACUGAAGAAGCUACACGGUUUUAUUGUUCUGAAAUUUUGUUAGCCUUGGAAUACUUGCACAUGUUAGGCAUUGUGUAUAGAGACUUAAAACCAGAAAAUGUUCUAGUUCGAGAUGAAGGUCACAUAAUGUUAUCAGAUUUUGACUUAUCUCUUCGAUGCUCUGUGAAUCCUACACUAGUGAAGUCCUCAUCUGCACACGAAAGUAGUAAUGGUCCUUAUGGAGGCCUUCUAAGUCAUGAUCAAACAAUACAUGGUUGCAUGCACCACUCAAGUUUCUUUCCACGCAUUUUGCCUUCAAAAAAGAAUCGUAAGACAAAGUCAGAUUUUGGCCUUGUGGUUGGAGGAUGCCUCCCUGAACUAAUGGCUGAGCCUACAAAUGUGAGGUCAAUGUCCUUUGUAGGGACACAUGAGUAUCUUGCACCAGAGAUUAUUCGUGGUGAAGGACAUGGUAGUGCAGUGGAUUGGUGGACCUUUGGAAUCUUUUUGUAUGAGCUUUUGCAUGGAAUAACACCCUUUAAAGGUGCUGGAAAUAGAGCGACCCUUUUCAAUGUUGUAGGACAACCCUUAAGGUUUCCAGAAAAACCAGUUGUUAGCAAAGUGGCAAGAGACCUUAUACAAGGGUUGUUAGUGAAAGAGCCUAAAAAAAGAUUUGCUUACAAGAGAGGUGCCACAGAAAUAAAGCAACACCCCUUUUUCCAUGGAGUGAAUUGGGCUCUUGUUAGAAGUGCUACACCUCCAAUUAUACCAGAACCUUUUGAUUUUUCCCCGUACAUUAGAAAAACAGAUGUUCCACCUAUGGAUAAAAGGGUUGCAGAUAUUAUUGCAAGUCAUAAAAGCAACCAUACACAACCAGAUUCAUCUUAUGAAGAUUUUGAGUACUUUUAA